AUGGUACCAGUGGAGAGGAACAACACCAAUGGAGACGAGGAGACCAACGUUAACAAUAACAACGUUAAUGGUGGAAUGAAUCUUGGAGAUGGAGAUCUCGACAAUGGGAAUACAAGUGAGAAUCCUGAAAAUGGAUUGGGAAACGAUCAAGGUCGUCGUCGCUCUAGCAAGAGAAAGCGAUACCAUCGUCACAGCCAACAUCAAAUCCAGGAGAUGGAGUCAUUCUUCAAAGAGUGCCCUCAUCCAGAUGACAAGCAGAGGAAAGAGCUCAGCCGUCAAUUGGGAUUGGAGCAUCUUCAGAUCAAAUUCUGGUUCCAGAACAAACGCACCCAAAACAAGAAUCAGCUAGAGCGCCAUGAGAACAAUCAACUUCGGUCGGAGAACGAUAGGCUAAGAGCUGACAACCAGCGAUACCGAGAGGCCAUUCUCAAUUCUUCAUGUCCAUCGUGUGGAAAGCAAACCGCACUUUGCGAAAUGUCUUUCGAGGAACACCAUCUUCGCCUCGAAAACGCCAAGUUGAGCGAGGAUAUCCAUCAUUUGGCCGGGCUGGCGGCCAACGUGACAGGCAACCAGGUAACGAGCUAUCCGGCUCUGUCUCCUCCUCCGGUUCCAACUCAAGCUGUCGACUUCGGGAUGGGAAGAGAAGUGUUUGCAAACAUGGACAACCUCUCGAUCAGGUCAUUCGCUGUAGUGAACAAUGCCGAUAAGCCUGUGAUCAUAGAGUUAGCUCUUGUAGCCAUGGAUGAGCUAUUGAAGGUGUCUCAAAUCGGUGAUCCACUGUGGAAAGUAGGAGCUGAUGGCACGUCCUUAGCUCUGGACUUCAAUGAAUACAACAGAGCAUUUUGCAACGGACUCGGACCUGUCCCGGACGGGUUUAGACUCGAGGCCUCCAAGGAAACCGCUGUCGUGUUCAUGAACCCUACUGACAUCGUUGGGAGGCUCAUGAAUGUGAAUCAAUGGUCGACAACAUUUGCUGGAAUAGUUGGUAAGGCCAUGACUCAUGAGGCUUUGUUAUUUGGAGUCAACGGAAGCUACGAUGGAACUUUCCAACUGAUGACUGCUGAAUACAAAGUACUCUCGCCGCUAGUCUCCACUCGCGAGAGCUACUUCAUCCGCCACAGUAAGCACCAGGGAGACGGUUUAUGGGCGGUGGUCGAUGUUUCCAUCGACCAUUUCGUCCAAAACGUGGAGUUUAACUGUCGCCGCCGGCCAUCUGGAUGUCUGAUUCAAGAUCUUGGAAAUGGAUUCGCCUCCAGGGUUACAUGGCUUGAGCAUGUGGAGGUUGAUGACAGAGGAAAAGUUAACAGCAUGUUUAAGCAGUAUAUGAGUAGUGGUCAAGCUUUAGGUGCUAAACGUUGGCUUGCAACAUUGGACCGCGUGGCCCAGCGGUUAGCCUUAGCUACUGCAAGCAUUACACCCAUGGAAAGGAUUGAGCUAACACAGAUAAGUAUCCAAGGAAAGAAGAGUCUUGUGAAGCUAAGUGAUCGGAUGAUGAAAUACUUCUUCUCUGGAGUGACAGCUUCGAAUGAAGAUGUGUGGUGUACAUUGACUAAUUACACCACAGAAAGUGUGAAGGUGAUGACUCGGAAGAGCCUGAGUGAUCCAGGGCUGCCUCCUGGUGUCAUUCUCUGUGCAGCUACUUCGUUUUGGGUCCCUGUUCCUCAUCAAGUCAUCUUUGACUUCCUCAUAGAUGAGAAGAACCGAGCCCACUGGGAUGUUCUCACCCAUGGAGCGGUUUCUCACAAGGUCUCCCAGAUUGUAACUGGGAAAGACAGUAAGAACUGCAUCGCUUUGUACCGGAGCUUAGCUCACCAGAGGAAGAUGAUGAUGGUUCAAGAGAACGCCACUGAUGCAACAGCUUCAUAUGUGAUCUAUGCGCCUGUUGAUAUAUCAGAGAUGGAUCGUGUGUUUAGUGGAAGUGACUCUUCCUUUACGCCUAUACUUCCUUCGGGUUUUGUUGUCCUUCCAGAUGGUAUGGCUCAACCUGGAAAUGAAGGAGGAGGGUCACUCGUCAACGUUUCCUUUCAGAUUCUGGCUGAGUCAUCUCCUGCGUCUUUGCUGACUGUGAGCUCCGUUGCAACCAUUGAGAAUCUGAUUCUCAGCACCGUUCAGAGGAUCCAAGCUUACUUUCAUUUUCACAAUGCUUGA